AUACAAAAUCCAUCCAAUCUUCUCCCUGCAUAAAAAAGCAGUCGACAUAAAGUUGUACUAUGAUGAAGCCGAAAUGUGCGACGGACUGGGCACAGGAGCGGGAAGAAAACAAAAAUUAGGAUUUGUUUACUUUUAAUAUGGGAAUCGGCCUGCAAAUUAUCAAGGAACUUUAUCUUUGAUAAAUUUAGUAUCAAUUGUUGAAUAUUCAACUUUAAAAAAGUAUCAUUUUGAUCCACUUGCUGAAAUGCUUGUUGAAGACCUGAAAGAAAUAGAAAAAGGAAUCGAAUUGCCAAGUGGACAAAAAAUUUAUGGAGGAGUUUCAGCAAUAACGGGAGAUAACCAGGCGAUGAAAUGGAUUUGGGGUUAUAAAGAAUCUUACUCGGCCGAAUACCCAUGUCAAUAUUGCUUAGUACCAUUGCGAGAAAUUCAAAUCAUGACAGUGGAAGACAACCAGCGAUUACGAUCACCAAGUACUCACGAUGAACAGCUAACACAAAUUGAAGCAGCGGCAAAUGAAAAUGAAAGAAAAGAAUUAAGUCAAGCAUAUGGAAUUAAUAGGAGGGCCCCACUAAGUCAAUUAAGCGGAUGUCAUCCAACAACAACGUUACCACCUGACAUUGAUAACGAUUUGUUUUUGGGUGUUGUACCCCUACAUCUAAAACAAUUCCUGAAACACUUUUGUCUUAAAAAAGAAUAUUUGACUUUAAAGGACUUUAACACAAGAAUAGCUAAUUUUGACUAUAGAUUCAGCGAGAAAUCUUCUAAACCAUCCCCAAUUAAACCUGAUCAUUUAAGAGGAAAAAAAAAGAUUAAGCAAACAGCAUCACAGAUGUGGACGUUGGCUGUUAUUACGCCAUUUAUUGUGUUUGAUAAAAUAAACAAUGAAAAUUCUCAUCAUUUAGAAAAUCUCAUUCAGUUGCUAGAAAUAAUAGCAAUUGUUUGUUCACCAAAAAUAUCAAUGCAGUCACUUAGUUACUUGGAAUCCCUUAUUCGUUUGUACUUGGUAACGUAUUCUAACAUUUAUAAAUCUGAUUUAGGAGGACAAAUUAAAUUUACACCGAAGCAACACUUUCUGUUGCACUAUCCAAAGUGUAUUAAAAUCUUUGGUCCUUUAAAUAAUUUCUGGACGAUGAGAUUUGAGGCGAAACACCAGUACUUUAAAAGGAUAGUUCAAUCUAUGCGUAACUGGAAAAAUUUGCCUUUUACUUUUGCCUGGAAGCAUCAGUUUCGUCAAUCAUUUGAAUGGAUUGUCUCAAUGGAAAAUGAAAUUGAAAGUGGACGAAAAAAAUUUGUUGCAAAAUCUGUGUUUCCUUUCAGGGCACUCUUUCCCGAUGAUGAGAGGUUAUGGAUAGUAAAGUGGAUUAAAUUUAAUGGAAUUAAAUUUGUUGCCAACCAGUGCUAUAUUGGAGUGGGGUACGAGAACAGACUUCCUGUAUUUGCCGAGCUGUAUAAAAUUGUUUGGAUGAAUGGUGAUCCUUUAUUCGUUUGCAAAAAUGUGCAAACUGUUGAGCACAACAAGCAACUUAUGGCGUAUGAAAUAAAGACAACAGAAAAUUUCGUUCUUCAUUCAUUAAGAUCUCUAGUUUUUCACAAAGUAUUGCAGUGUCAUAAAUUACAAGAAAGAAAAUUCAUCAUAGUUAAACAAUUAUGGGGCGAAUUGCAUUAAUGCAGUUAUUACAACUCUGGAAUA